UUCAGCAAAGAUUUUGGAGAGGUCAAUCACUCUCUUACUCGUCCGCCCAUAUCCCACCAACAAGACAACAAAGUGGUCUCUCUAAACCCUCGCUAGAGCACCGAACACGCCCUCUCGAUCUGUCAACCUGCUCAUCCUUUCAAUCCUCUCGCUACUCGUCAACUCGACCGACCUCAGCACCCGAUCAAAGUCCCCCACCUCACCAUCACUCAAACACAACAUGCCUACCUACGCCGAUCUCUACGCGCUGGCUCCCGUCUCUAGUGGGCCAAUGAGGCUCACUAUUUCAAGGAAUGAGCACGGAGAGGAGGUGUGGGAGGAAGAAGAACUUAUGGACUGCGACGCAGGCCGCGGGGACACUACCGACGUUCUGACUAACAACCAAGAUGUUGACAAGUCUCUACCUAGCGGGCUAGGCCUAAUUUCUGCUUUAGCAUCAACAGAAGGCCCGAACAUCUUCGUCAUUGAUACGAAUGCUCUCUUAGAUGCGCUGACUCUGCUAGACGCGCUAUACAAAGCUGUGCUGGCUGCCAAUGUCAACGCUCUUUCCACUCCUACCGCUCGACCUGCGCCAAUCUUGCUGGUAGUGCCAUCUGUCGUUCUCCGCGAGCUAGACAGCAUCAAGAAAAGCAACAAAAACGCCAGUCCUCGCGCUCAACAAGCCUCGCGAUGGAUCUUGAGUAUGGUGCAUGUGCAGAAGCACAUGACCUACUUUCCUGUUCCACAUCAGGAACAGGUGAUACCGCAAGCUGCGUGGGCUUUGAUCGUACAGACAAGCUCCGAGCAGAGAGAAUUUGAGCUUGCUCAGGCAGCUGUACUUUCUGCGGAUGAUCACAUCAUCCAAUUUACGAAGUAUCUGCAAGAACUUCGCAAAGUCACCGCAUGGCUCUUCUCGAGCGAUGUAAAUUGUCGAGCUCGAGCAGAAGCCGAGGGCCUUCGCACGCUAUCCGUCAAGGACGUGCUCGGCUCGACAGCCCUUUCACCAGCAUCUUGCACACUGGCCGCUGCGCAGCUCUUGGAGCAGUGGCAGGCGCAAGUGCAAACGAAAGCUUCGCUGACAGAGACAGCAGUCGGUGCAGAUGUGCAAAUGAUGGAAGACUUGUCGAACCUGACGGUGACCGAUCCGGUCUUCUCCGGCAUGGUCUCUGCAGCCUCGCCGUCGCCGUCACCUUCGUCCUUGCCCUCGCCUGCACGCGGUCGUAGCACUGCAGACAGUCGUUACGCUUCGGAUACGCCGUUGAAAAACGUCAACUCUCUUUCUGCAUCGGUGUCGACUUCUGCCCCUUCGAGUACGAUUGUCUCUGGAUCUCCUGAGGAGAGGGGACGACGCUCGGCCGACAGCCGAUAUGCUGCCAGCACGCCCGCGAGCAGGCCUGAAGAAGUUGGAUCCAGCAAGGUUACAGCGACACCCAAACCGCAGAGCGGUAUUCAUCCUGCUCGCCUUGCGCUCCAGCAGGCUGAAGCAAAAAAAUCCUCUGGCCGCUCAGUCGAGGUUGAACAGAUGGCUCCUCCGCCGGCAUUCUCGUCGACCGGAGCCAAUCUUUCGCCUCUAGGGCGACGUGAAAGGGCUUUUGCUCCUGGCGGGGGCGCUCCUCAACGCUCCCAGCAGACCGCGCCUACAGAGGCAGAGCAGCCUUCUCGUGCACAGGCCAGCAGCGUGCAUCCUGCUCGUGCGGCAAUGCAGCGCGCUGAAGCUGCUUCGCCAAGUACAGCGCCCACUUCUGCUCGCGGUCGCGGUGGCUUCUCGAACCCUCAGAAGACAGGCUCCAACACUUCGCCUGUUAGCGGGCCUCGUCGUUGGGGCGCUUGAAGCGUUCCAAAGGUCACAAUUUACAGCUGUCAACUUACGCAGCUUGUGUCACCACCAAUCUCAAUUGCUCCGAUAGCCCCGCAUUCCAUUACUCGCCGGGCUU